AUGCCACCAAAGAUUCACCUUGUACGGCACGCUGAGGGCGUGCAUAACCUGAGCCACGAGUUCUGGUAUGUCAGGGACCCUCAAAUCACAGACAAGGGAAAAGCACAGUGCGCAAAGCUCCGCGAUGAGUUCCUCGACCAUGCCAACGUCGAACUGAUCGUCGCAUCGCCACUCCGGAGAACAAUAUACACAGCUUUGGAAGCCUUCGCCCCGGUGUUUGAGGGUCGAAAGGAUCUCAAGUUGAUCCUAAACGCGGAUUUACAGGAAGCUAGUGACUUCCCGUGCGAUAUUGGCAGUGACGUCGCAAACCUGCGGAAAGAAUUUGAAGAGGGCAGCGUCUCAAUCGACUUUGAUCUCAUUCCUGAAAAUUGGAAUCAGAAGGCAAGCCUCAGGCCCCUGGAAGUGGCUAGUUGGCAGACUGGGCGAUACCACCCUGGAAGAGAAGCAGUCUCUGCCCGAGCUCGCGAGGCAAGACUUUGGCUGAAGGCGAGGCCCGAGAAAGAGAUCGUGGUUGUCGCACAUGGUGGGCUUAUGCAUUUCCUGAAUGGCGACUGGGAGGAUUGCUGCAAAAAUGAAGCAACCGGAUGGGACAAUGCGGAGUACCGCACAUACGAAUUCGACACCGCAAGGAUAGAUGAAGAUCUGCCUAUGUUGGAGACUCCGGAGUCUCGUCUGCGACGUGGAAAAGCAGGACCGCAGCCGAGUCAUGAGGAACAAAGCUCACUGCGUGAGAGCGGCCUGCGUGGCUGGGCAGAGCAAGGAUAUGCGGUGCCCGAAUAA